AUGAAAACAAAUCAAAUCCCACGCUUUUUUUGUGUUGCUGAUUUUAAUAAAGAAAAUUUUAACAAUGGCACCAAACAUCAAAGAGUACAAUCAUCACUGGCAAUCAGAGAGAAGUCAUCAAACUCAUUCCACACAAUGAUCCCACCUUAAAAACCAUAAUUGAAAUUAAAUGAUGAAUCUAGUAAUCGUACAAAAGAAGGAUUUCAUAGAGUCAAAACAGACUCAAAUAUGUCUAUGCCUUUACGAAAUGGUAGAAACCUCAGUAUCACUAGCGGAGUUACUACAUUAUUAACAAAUAAAAGCUUCUAAUUACCUCAAAAAAAUGAUAAUCCAUAAUCUGUCAAUGCAUAUAAAAAAGAAAUUGUGCAAUAUAUGAGAUAAAAAAGCGUAAUUAAUCUAAUUUAAUGUAGUGUCGAUCCAAUUACAAACUGAAUGCUUUAUAAUUUCAAACUGAGAUUACAGAAAAAAUGCGCAGUAUCUUACUUGAUUGGAUAGUGGAUGUUCAUUUUAAAUUCAAAUUAGAUACAGAAACACUAUUUUUAACUAUUUCAAUAAUUGAUAGGUAAAUUAUGUAAUAAAUUUGAGAGUACUUGAAAUUCACUAAAUUUCAAAAUCCAAAUUUUAACUUUAUGGAGUGACUGCCUUAUUCAUAGCAUCCAAAUAUGAAGAAGUUUAUACUGUUCCUCAUGUAAGAGACUUGGUGUAUGUUUGUGACAAUGCAUAUACAAAAGAAGAAAUCCUGGCAACUGAGGGAAAAAUAAUCUCACUGUUGGGAUUUGAUUUUCUCACAACGAGUCCUCUUAGAAUGUUGAAUGUUUAUUAAGAGACAGCAAAAUUGGAUCAAAAAAAUUACAUGCUAGCAAGGUAAUCAACAUCUUUUAAUUUAUUUUUAGAUAUUUAAUAGAACUCUCAGUUUUAGAAUAUUCAAUGAUCUAAUUUUCAAACAAUGUAUUGGCCAGUGCUUCUAUCUAUCUGGUCCAUAAAAUUAGACGAAUCCAUCCUUCAUGGAAUUAGGAUUAGAUGGUACCACUUACUGGAUUAAAUGAAUUGGACAUUAGAAUAUGCGCAAAGGAAAUGUGCAGUCUAUUGUAAAAUUAAGAUAAAAAGUAAUUUGCAUCGAUAAAGAAAAAAUUUUCUAUGCCAAAAUAUUGCGAGGUCUCAAAAAUAAGAAUAGAAAAGAAGCCUUCACAAAAUCUAUAAACCCUUCCAUAAUGA